AGCUGCAGCGGCGGCAGAGAGCGGUGCGGAUCCCGGUGUGUGCCGAUCUCCGGAGGGGGACCGGAUAAUCCAGUCGGACCUUCAGUGAGUGGAUCUCCGCUAUCUGCACACCCACAGCAGAGACACUUUAACAUUCCGACCGGGGGGAUUUUUGGUUUACUCACCACAGGUCACCUGUAACUGCUGAAGAGAGGGAGGAGAGGAGGACAAAUGGAAAAGGAGCAGAGAGAGAGGGGAUGAGAAAGAGAGAGCAGGACCCAUGAGAUUCCUCGUGCACAAUGGGAGCCCUUCGCUCUGCCGGCUUCUGAUUUGAAAAGAAUAAAGUGGACUUUGCCUAAAGAGGGCCGACAGGACUUUGACAUCACGUCAGUGUUUUGCCCCGCAGUGGGAGUCCUUCGUUUGUCUCAGCAGGAGUAAUCAUGAACAUAGAAUAACUCCUCUGCCACCUGUCUCUGUGUACGCCCUGCUCCUGUGACAGUCCACUGCCAUGGAGAAGACAUACUCACUAACUGCCCACUAUGACGAGUUCCAGGAAGUCAAAUAUGGUGGUCGCUAUAGCAGUGACAUCCUCAGCAAUGGCAUGACCCUCCACCUGGGGGGCAGCCUGGACCGUCACAUGGGGCGCGGCCGGGGAGGGACCCUGUCAAACAGUCGAAACAGAGAUCUGAGCAGCACCAGCAGCGGCGGAGGGCUUCCUCGGUGGAGCCGGAGGGAGAUCUGCCUCCUGUCGGCGCUGGUCUUUGCAGCAGGCAUGUGCGUCAUCUUGGGCAGCAUGCUGGCACUCAAGUACAUUUCCCUGGAAGCCCAGCAGGACCCACAGUGCCGACAGGACUGCCAACGCAAGCGCUCCCUGCUGCGGGCGGCGCGCUUCGUUCAGGCCAAUAUUGAUCCAACCAUCCAGCCCUGCCAGGACUUCUACUCCUUCGCCUGCGGCGGCUGGCUGAGGCGCCACGGCAUCCCAGAGGACAAGCUCAGCUAUGGCAUCAUCACCGCCAUAGGGGAGCACAACGAGGAGAAACUACAGCGCCUCCUGCUGGAGCCCAUACGCAGACGCAGCCCCAGCUCUGCAGAGCGUAAGGUCAAGGAGUUCUAUCGGUCCUGCGUCAACAUCCAGGAGAUUGACAAGCUGGGCUCUGACCCCAUGACGGAGGUGAUAGACAGCUGUGGGGGGUGGGACCUGGUGGGGGCUCCUCCGGGUGCUGCUGGGUGGGAGAGAGAGGGCGCCCCGCAGAGGCCGGACUUUAAUGAGCUGCUGUACAGGACUCAGGGGGUUUACAGCACCGCCGUCUUCUUCUCCCUCACCGUCAACGUGGACGACAAAAACUCCUCCAGGAACGCAAUCAGGAUUGAUCAGGAGGGGCUGACGCUGCCCGAGAGGAGUCUCUACCUGGGACAGGAUGAGGACAGCGUGAAGAUCCUGGCAGCAUACAAGGCCCUGAUGGAGCGCUUGCUGAGCAUGCUGGGAGCUCAGAACGCCACGCACAAGUCCAAGGAGAUUAUACAGCUGGAGACGCGUCUGGCCAAUAUCACUGUGUCAGAAUAUGAUGACCAAAGAAAGGACAUCAGCACCAUGUAUAACCGCAUCACCCUCAGGCAGCUACAGCGCAUCGCUCCCAGUCUUCACUGGAAACGCUUGCUGGACAGAAUCUUCCACGACAACUUCUCAGAAGACGAAGAGAUCGUGGUGCUCGCCACCGAUUACAUACAGAAGGUCUCUGACAUCAUCAAGACCACUUCGAAGAGGGUUCUCCAUAACUACAUGCUGUGGCGCAUUGUGGCGGCGCUAAGUGAACACCUGUCCACAGCCUUCCGCAGCACCAUCCAUGAGUUUUCUCGGGAGAUCGACGGCACCGAGCAGCAGCUGGAGCUGGGCAGGCUCUGCCUCACUCAGGCCAACAAACACUUCGGCAUGGCCCUGGGAGCGCUGUUCGUCCAGCAGCACUUCUCCUCACAGAGCAAGGCCAAGGUACAGGAGCUGGUGGAGGACAUAAAGCACUCCCUGGACCUCCGGCUGCAGGAGCUGGACUGGAUGGAUGAUGCCACCAAGGAAGCUGCCAGAGCAAAGCUGAAGCACAUGAUGGUGAUGACAGGAUACCCAGACUUCCUGCUCAAACCUGAGCUCAUAGAUCAAGAAUAUGGGUUUGACGUGGAAGAGAAGACGUAUUUCAAGAACAUCCUCAACAGCAUCAAGUUCAACAUCAAGCUGUCGGUCAAGAAGAUCCAUGAAGAAGUGGACAAGACAGCGUGGCUUCUCCCACCUCAGGCCCUUAAUGCCUACUACCUCCCUAACAAGAACCAAAUGGUGUUUCCCGCCGGCAUCCUUCAGCCCACCCUCUACAACCCCGAGUUCCCACAGUCUCUGAACUAUGGGGGCAUAGGAGCAAUCAUCGGCCACGAGCUAACACAUGGAUAUGAUGACUGGGUGAUGCAAUGGUUCAUGUCCCUAGGGGGCCAGUACGACCGCCACGGCAACCUCAAACAGUGGUGGACGGAGGAGUCCUACAGGAAAUUCCAGAAGAAAGCCGAAUGUAUCGUCAAGCUCUACGAUAACUUCACUGUUUAUAACCAGAGGGUGAACGGCCGUCUGACGCUGGGGGAGAACAUCGCAGACAUGGGAGGGCUCAAGCUGUCCUACUAUGCGUAUCAGAAGUGGGUGAGGGAGCACGGACCGGAGAGGCCGCUGCCUGGGCUCAAAUACACACACGAACAGCUGGUCUUCAUUGCCUUUGCACAGAACUGGUGCAUGAAGAGAAGAUCUCAGUCCAUCUACUUGCAGCUGCUGACUGACAAACAUGCACCAGAGCACUACAGAGUGAUCGGCAGUGUUUCCCAGUUUGAUGAGUUUGCCCGUGUGUUCCACUGUCCCAAGAGUUCCCCGAUGAACCCCUUGGAGAAAUGCUCCGUGUGGUGACCUCACCUCGCCGCCCGCCUGUUGACCCUGGGAUGAACUUCUUCACAGCCCCAAACACACAACCUGUCCUACAUCACACAUUCAUCAGAGCCCACAGGAUGAUACAGCGUGCAUAAAGCCGACAGUAUUCUUGCCUUUGAAGGACACAGGGAAGAAAUGCAUCUCUUUUUUUAACGUCAUCAGUGCACAUGUUUUCAGUUUUCACACAGCUGUCGUUUGUCUGUACUAACCGAGCUAAAGCAUGAGUCACACGACCAUCGCUCAUGUACAUAUAUAUCAUUUGAUUAUGUAUAUUUUUCUAUGUUUAAAUUUAAUUUCAAAUCAUCUAUUUUUCUAUUUUAGCAGAUACACCAUGAACAUCAUGAGCUAUUUGUUUUUUAAUUAAGCAACCUGUUCCCCAAUCGUUUCUCCUCUCUGUAGCAUCAGCUAGAAAAACUUCAGCAUAUCAGAAGAUUAAAGGUUGGCAGCCAGCAGUGAUUUGUGUCCCUGAUGUACACUGGACAAGGACCAAUUAAAAAUGAACUGAGCUCAGUAGCAUCCUUGUGCCUGCCAAAAUGCUGUUGGUGUUCUUUCAGUUUGGUGUUGGAGUCUGAUUUGUCUCGCACUGCUGCGCUCUUGUGGCCGCAGAGAGCAAUGGUCACUGUUCCAGUGUCACGACCGUCGUAUUGUUUGCCUGCAUUGGUCUCUUGUUAACUGUGAGUGUUUGUACGGUUUCUAAGAUUUGUCAACUUUUUUUAAGAAAAAAAAAAAAAACACAGAAGGUGGACUCAUGGUGGGUGUUUUUCUCAGGAUUUGUAGCAUAGUGCAGCGCCAAAUGGAGGAUCUUUGUGUCUCUGUCUACAUUCAACUCUUCAGCCCACAGUAAGAUCGCAGAGGAGCUGGUGUACUUAUCAAACAUUGGAUGAACAAGGAGAUGUUUUUCCUCGCUGGGAUUCACAGCACGGGCAGCAGCUUGACCCCAGAGCUGAGAACAUUUUCUCCUGGAAACAGAAUCUCCUCUGCUGUUGGAUUAUUCACGUCUCUGUCUCCCUGAUGAACUCCCAAUGAUCUCAUACAACCCAGGAUUCAAGUGAGAGGGAGACGAGAAGUCACGUUAUACAGUAUAUUAACAGUUAACUCGCCAAAUAACAAGCCAACACUCUGUACAUAAGAAAGAGCAACUAUGGUAGAUGGAGAAUCAUACAUUUGUACGCAGUGUUAUUUAAAAAAAAAUUACUUUUCUAUAAACUGUUGGUACAAAAAAAUCUGAAUCUUUGUACAGUGAAGUAUAUCAGAUGUUAUGGCUGUACAGUUUGUUUUGAUGAGAGUGCAUGUUUCCCUCCUGACCAUCAUUAAAUUCGGAUCGAUAUAGCUGGAGGACAUCACACACACACACACAUAUCUGACUCUAUAGCUGCUAUUUCACACAUGGCUGCUAUCUCUUCCUCUCUGUUGGUCAUCAUUUAAUGUUUGAAUAAAUACAAAGGAUCACUGUGU